AGAAGAAAUGAACUGAACCAACGCAGUUUCCGGAACGAAGCGCAGCGUGGUUGCAGGAGAGGUAGUGCGAGACAGGGUCCAAAACGUAUAUAUAUAUAUAUAUAUAUUUAUUGUACUAGUCAUAUAUUUUAACAUGACCGAGGGCAAAACAUCAGAGAAACCGGCAAAAAACCUUCUUGCUCUGAAUCCAAAAGAGGAUGCAGAGUUUCAGAAGAAGGUGCAGCAAGUGAAGAAACGACCGAAAACGGCACAGUCUCUGACUCCUGGAGUUAUAUAUGUUGGUCAUCUUCCUCGAGGAUUGUUGGAGCCUCAGUUGAGAGCUUACUUUCAGCAGUUUGGGAAAGUUUUAAGACUGAGAAUUUCCAUGAGUAAAAAGACUGGAGGGAGCAAAGGCUACGGAUUUGUGGAGUUUGAAUGUGAUGAGGUGGCAAAGAUUGUGGCUGAGACCAUGGACAACUACCUUAUGGGAGAAAGACUCAUAAAGUGUCAUGUGAUGCCACCUGAGGAGGUCCAUGAAAAGCUCUUUGAUGGCUGCCAGAGGGGCUUUAAAAGGCCAAAGCAGCCCGCAGUGGCUCGUUAUAACAAAGUACAUGCACCAGAGGAUGUAAAGAAAAUUACCGCAAAACUUUUAAGCAAAGAGGCUAAGCUACGCAAAAGACUGGCAGCAAAGGGCAUCGACUACGAUUUUCCUGGAUUUGCAAUGCAAGUUCCUGCCAAGAAGGCCCAAUCACAAGCAGAUGUUUCCAUAUGUAGCGAGGAUGUCACUCCUGUGUGCACCCCAUCAAUGCUGGAGAGAAGGAAAUCCAUCAGAAUUGAAGAGGAUGAUGAUGAUGACGACGAAGAGAUCAUCAUCAAAGCCAAACUGAUCCCAGAAAACAGUGAGGAUGUUGAAGACAUGGAAGAUGAUGAUGAUGGUGAGGAAGAGAAUGAGGAGGAGGAGGAACAAACGGCUUAAAAGGAGAAUCUAAUGUAAAAUAAAGACUUUAAUCCCUGUUUUAAGAGGGACACUGGACUCACUGUUUUCAGAGCCAUUUCUAUGUGACUACUCCUCAGUCCUCCCCUACGGCCUGGAGGAGAGAGGAACACAGUAUCCUGACUGUCAUAUUUGUAUCAUUGGGAAAACUGCCUAAAUUUUAAUGUAAUGUGGUGAUUUGUGUUGCGUUUUAUACAGAUCAUAAACUGGUGGCCUUUAAUGGGCACUUUUUGGUCUCCCAGAGGUCACUAAAAUCUUAUUGACUGUGUAAUACACAUAGUUUGUGUGUAAGGCUGAUUUGAAAGUAUAAGUCUGGAGCAGAGAGCUGAACAUUACUAUAUUAUGUUGUAUUUGACAUACAAUAUUUGCAAUGUCUGUAUGUGGUAUUCAGUCAAUGUUUUUCAGAUGUAGUGAAAUAUUAAUAAACUGUGCUUGAAGAAAACA